CUGUCAAAAGCCAAAAAAGGAGUCCACUUUUUUGACAACUUUUUUUUUUUUUUUUCAAUGAACGUCCAUCAGUUCCAGCAACACUUUAAGCAGCUCAAGGCCAAGGACGAGACGAGCGGGCUCGACGGCUUCGACCUCGAGUUCAUUCAACUCCGAGAUCAAGCCAAAGCGCACAAGGACAACAACACAUUCCCAGCGCAGGUCGGCCAACUGCCUCAACAUCGCGCCAAGAAUCGAUACCGUGAUAUUCUGCCAUACGAUGCUACGCGUGUGCGACUGCCUCCAAUCCCGGGCGUGGAAGACUCGGAUUAUAUCAACGGCAACUACAUUACCGGCUAUGAUGGCUCACUCGCGUACAUUGCCACGCAAGGCCCGGUAGACGCGACCGUCGCCGACUUUUGGCGAAUGAUUGUUACGCACAAAGUCCGCGUCAUCAUCAUGCUUGCCAAGAUCUUUGAAGAUGGCAAGAAAAAAUGCGCAGAGUACUGGCCAGAAACAACCAAGACGGAGCAGUACGGAGACGUGCUGGUGUAUAACGAGGCCGACGACGAUGUCAGCGCCGAUUACACAUGUCGCAAGUUCCGCGUGACGACACCCGACCAUCCGGAGCCUCGCAGCGUGUACCAGUAUCACUACACUGCGUGGCCGGAUCAUGGCAUCCCCUCCAGUGCAACCUCGUUGCUUCACAUGAUUGCGGGUGCCCGCAAGGUUAAGGGAUCGCACUCUGGUCCGAUUGCAGUGCAUUGCAGCGCUGGAUGCGGUCGAACAGGCACAGUUAUUACAAUCGACACCAUUUGGGAGAUCUUGCAGCACUACGGACUGGAUAGCGCGACGUUUGAUGUUUUGGGGAUUGUUGCUCACUUGCGUACGCAGCGUUUGGCCAUGGUGCAAACGAAUGACCAGCUCAUGUUCUGCUACCAAUCUGCCGCCACGUUGAUCAAGUCCAUCCAAAGCGGCGAAAUCCUGGUCGCGGCUGUUCCGCGCACCCUAUCGCUCCGCUCGAUUGACGGCCGCUCUGCGCACCUUGCUGCUGAGGCAGCACAGCCUGCAGCCCCGCCGCCGCAGGCCAUCUAUGCAGUCGUAGACAAGUCCAAGACAUCUGCUGCCGUUGCUGCCGCUGCCGCUCCAACUGGCUUUGAAGCGUCUGCUCAACAGCAACAGCAACAGCAACAGCAGCAACCGAAACUGCCUCCUCGCAACGCGCUUUCGACCUCUCCGCCUGCCCAACAGCCAGUUGCGCCACCCACUCAUGUCGCACCGGCGCAACAAUACACUGCACCGCCGCAGCAAUACACUCCUGCCGCCGCUGCUGCUGCUGCUCCUGCCCCAAGCACCAAUAGCACCGCAACAAGCUUUGCUGGCUUUGCUGGCAAGGUGUCUGGAGGGUUGAGCAAGCUGGGCAAUUUUGGCAAGAGCAUCCGUGCCGCCGCCACCUCUGUCUCCUCCUCGAGCUCGGUCGGAGGACCGUCCGGCACACCAUCGCCGCCUGCCCGACCCGGCGCUGAUCAAUUUGCUGGCGAGGACGAGAUGUCGGACGAUGUGCUUGCGCAGAAUGCGUCGACCGUUGCCGACGGUGCCAUCUGCCCUCGCGAGGCCCUGCAAUUCCCCAACCGCGUUCGUACGCCCGUCGGUCCGCGAGAUCUUCCCGAGACGCGAGUCUAGCCGCUUUUUUGUGUGCACCACGGCGGGGGGGGGGGGACAGGUUUCCUGUUGUUGGAGUGUUGAGUUUGUCGUUUGUCAUUUGUUGAUGUUGUUUGUCCCCACCUCUCCCAUUCUUUUUUUUCAUUCUACUUGCUUUCUCUUGAAAUUCUCUGUGUGAUGCCUUUUGAGAUUCUACCAUCAUGGAAUACAGCUGUAUUCUCCACCGCCC